AUGUCGCCUCCAUUGUUGAAGACCGUUCGUACAUUGAAGGAUUCCACAUUUGAAGCUUGUGCCUGUAUCAGUACACAUCUCAAGGCGGAGGGCGGGACCAAAGCUGACAAAAAUGACCUCAAAUCCUUAACCAUCGAGCUAAGACUUCUUGGAGGCACUCUCUAUAGUCUUGAGUCCCUCAUCGUUGAGCUGUCUGUAGACAACGAUGCCGCCGACAGCACCCUGGGCAUCACCCCUAGCGCCUCAGGGUCAGAAAAUGACCCUCCACAAGAAUGGCCAAUUAUCGAUGGGUUCGAGUUACUCCUCACUGCCAUCAAGUCCUUCCACCAUCUCGCCACUUCUGAUGGGAUUAAAGCCGCUAGAUCAUCACUCCAGGACAUCCGAUCAAAACUAGCGUUUGUGCUUGGAAUCUCAGACACUCUUGAGGAUAUCUCACUUCGGCUCACUCUACUCGAAUCAGAACCACUGCCCCAACUUCUGGUCCAGAAGGAAUAUGACCCAGAGGCUAUCGAGUCACCUGUGCAGGUCCCCUAUGACGAUGAGCAGGGUGAAGCUAGACCCGAAGAUGUUUCCGCAUGGCUAAAUAUCCUGAACUCUCCUGAAAAUGAUCGCGAACCCUCAGAAUACAACAAAGAGAUCACGUUAGUCCAGUCACGCCGCAUAACAGAGCCAACAUAUAGAAUAGCGGCUACAAGAUGGCCAAAAUAUGCAGAGAUCUACUGGCAAAAGCUUCGACCUCAAGUCUGUUCCCUCUUUCGUAUCCAAAAGUCGUACAACUUUGUACAGUGGGUUCUUGAGUAUGCCAGGGAGACAUACCCUCGAACGUUCGGCACGAUGGCCCUUUCGCCAAGAUGUCUUCUCGAGCUGACUGAUGCGCUCUGCGACGGAUCUGUCUUGCCACUUCAUAUUGCUGCUGCCCUCGGGCUGCCUAACCUCUGUAGAGACCUUCUCUCAAUGGGAGCCAACGUCAACCAGCCCAGUCUUCUCGGCACGCCACUAUAUUGCGCCCUCGUAGGCAGCAAGGUUCUUAUCACCCGUACAGAGCCAGUAUCGUGGCCGACUCUUCUCGUUGGUCACGACUCUGAUGUCGAUCAGGCGGCAACUAUCCUAUUACUUGUCGAAAAUGGCGCAGAUUGCUCGUUUCGGUAUUCUUGGAAAGAUGCCUCUGAAGAGGUAUCACUCGCAGGCUUGGCCUUUUGGACUGCAAUGAAGACCAAACAUGAAGCAAUCUUUACAAACAUCAUCAAAGGAUAUGCAAAUGCCACCCAAGGCAAAGGACCCUCUGACAUCGCUAAAGGAGACGCACUGGACUCUUCUUUUUGUCUACUUUUACAGCGAGAACCUGUAGUCAAACGUGGUCUGCUUCAUCGAACUCGAUUUGCGCGCUUGCUCACGUACGUCUAUGACUUGACAUUGGCCGACAUUGAAACAGAGUCCACAGAGCAUAACUGGCUCCAAGAACUGGUUGCUCGACUCAUGGUGCACGCCAACAUCAGGCUUUCCCCCGUGGGUGACGGAAAGGUGGACACAUUGAAAGACAAUAACUUUGCGGCUGCCGUUCGGACGGCCGUUUUAGACUUCAAUGUGAUCUUGGUGGAUCGUCUGAUCAAAGACCCAAGGUUCUCUGCCAACUUCAAACAUGAUAAGGAAGAGACUCUUCUCCACAUGGCUGCUGAAUCUGCACAGAACGAGAUUCUGGAAAUGCUUAUUGAAGCCGGGGCUGAUACCAGAGCCAGAGACUCAAGUGGUCGCACACCACUCAUGGUCUGUAACGAAGUUAGUCCUAUGGCCAAGCUAAUUCUCGAGCACGGUGUACCGACUUUUGAUAAGGACAAUGGCGGCCGCAACGUUUGGCACUACUUCGCCGCAACUAACGAAGACGACAUACUCAAAUUCCUGUGGGACAACGAUCCUUACAAGAUCCGCAACUUGAACGCGGUCGAUGAACAAGGGCGUACGCCACUACAGGCAGCGUUUGCUCACGUUGAGGCUCUUCAACAAUCUCCCAAGACCUCUACGGCCGCCGCACCAUUUGCAGCUUUUUUUCUGCUUGAGAAAAGCCAAGGGUAUAUACGAGCGGAGGGCAACGAGAACCUGGCUCGAUGGGCUGUCGAAUGGGGCAAUCUGGGGCUGGUACGACAGCUGUUUCAUCUCUUUCCCCAGGCUAACGUGAAUGAUGAAUUACUCCUCAAGUCGCUUAAUAUGUCGGCUUCACCGGAGCUGGUCUCAUUGGUACUUGACAGGGCUGGACCCUCUCGGCCAUUCGCUGACGGCACAACGGCAGCAGAGACAGUUAUCACGAAUGUCAAGCUCUUGAAGGAAGGUCGAUUGACUCGUAGCCCGUCGUCACAUCCUUCCUGCUCCCCGAGCAUGACACGCAGCGCCUACAUGAAGCUUCUUACGCCUGAAGUCAUCAAAUCGCGAGAUUCAAAGGGGCGAGGCAUUUGGCUGCGGUUCACGCAGGACGUACUCCCAUUGAUGAGUACUAAUGCGCUUGCACAACCUACAUCCCUCUAUUUCCUAUCCUCUUUCAUGUCCAUGGCUGUAUCGUGCUUGGUCGAUGUGGGCGCCCUCGCAGACUACGAAAAGGAGAGCAAAAAAUGGGCUAUCAGCUGUAUAGCGACGAAAGGGGCUGACAUGCCACCGGAAUGGUACCAUUGGCACAUGUCGUUCGUCGCCACUAUCUUGGUCGGCUGGUUGUCUGAUAGGGAUCGACAGCGCGUUGAACUCGGCAACAAGGGCUUCUUUGACGAGGACGAGGCGGGGCAUCUGCUGUGGAAGCUCGUUAGUUUCCGUAUGCCAGAAGUUGUCCAACUGCUCGUUCAAUGUGGCUGCGACGCGCACAAGCCUCGGCGGCCACUACCUCUCAACGGGAGGUCGGUCUUUGAGACCUUUCUAGCUGAUCAGCCUAUUGAUGUGAGCAUGAUACGGCCUCUGCUGUUCGGCACGACGCCUCAACAGCUUAGGCGGCGACAACAGUAUACAUUCACGGAGCUCGUCCGGGUAGCUGAUGAAACGGUCGCUGUGGAGGUUCUCGAACAGUUGAUUAAUGAGGGAUUGGAUGUUGAUGGCUUGGAAAUACCUGCUACGUCACCAAUGAAAUCAUCCACAUCGUCCCCUUCAUUGCUCACGAUAGCGAUCUGCUCAAAGAAGAUCCUUCUAGGGCGAUUGCUGAUUGAACGAGGCGCAGAUGCUUCUUUGGCACCGCCAAAUUCCAUCAGUGCCUAUCUUCUUGCCGCCAAGCUUGGAUAUGUGGUUAUCCUCGAAAUGAUCAUCGAGAAAGUCGGAUCGGGAGAGUUUCCUUGGCUAUCCGUCUACGAACACAUGGAGGAUCGCGAUACUUACAAUGCCUUGCAGUUUGCAGCAGCCGGGGGCCAUCGUGAUGCCCUCACAACCCUAUUGGAGGCCACACCUCUGGCUGACAAGAUCACUGCUAUCAGUCCAAGAUUGGGUAGAACAUGCGCCCACCUCGCUGCAAAAGCUGGUUCCUUGGAUUGUGUGAAAAUAUUGAUGAGAUACUCACAACCUCUGUUCAGUGUGAGAGACCAUUCGGGAAGAACCCCUCUGUUCUUGGCAAUCGUUGGCGGCAAACAAGAAUUGAUUCAGUAUAUGAAAGAUAAUUUGUUGGACUAUGAUAAUCCCCAGGAUAUGGGCAUCAUCUCGCUGAACCCGGUUCCGGCCCGAAACGACAACAACGAUAACUCUGACAGUGACUCACUGCCAGAGUCAUCUCACGGCGAAGCAACUCACGAGCAGAAGAUCUCUGAACCCAGACAAAUAGGCGCCAUGGUAGCAGAUGCGAUAGACCAUUAUCAACUAAGCCGAAAUCCUUUGUUUACGUCUAUUCUCGACCACACCUCAAGGAAGGACUUGGCCUCGGCCAUAAUGCCUUGUGGAGGCUGUACCCUUCUCAGUUACACGGCAGCAACCAACAAGAUCCGACCUAUGCUGGAACUAGUGGAGAUGGGGUUUACUGGUUUCGUGGCUGGAUGUGAGGAACAUUGGCCGGAUGGCUACAACGCACUUCUUUGCGCAUGCCUGAAUAUUCGAAAACUGAUAACCACCGAUUUGUUUAUCGCUGCAGAUAAAGCACGCUCCUUCUUCAAACUAUGCUUAGAUGCUUAUUUGAAGAUGGGGAUGUCAUGGUUCCAUCUCCCGAUCUCACCGAUCCAAGCUCUUUUCCACUCCCGUAACAGUGGACCUGAUAUUGUUUACCAUCAGAAAAUGGUCCUUGAGAUAUUCAUCGAACACCUAACUGAGCAUGCUCAGAGAUACUGGGCGCAGAUGAGGGCCAUUGGAGUUACUUCGGAAUUCGAGUUUUCUGCAAAUGAGAGCAUUCAACAGAGAGUUCUACGUUACGCUUUGAACUUGAGGAAGCAAGUUACUUCGGAUAAUACUGCCGCAAACCACAGUACGGUUCUACAUGAUGUUAUACCUCUAUGUUCCAAAAAAGAUGGCAGUAAUCGAUUUAAUGGUUUAACUACAUAUCACAAUGUGGCCAAUCUCCUCAUCAGAAACGGAGCCGAUGUCAAUGCGCAAGAUUCAGAACUUGUAACCCCCCUGCACCAGGCUGCCCACUUUGGCCAAAUAGAUAUGGUGUUAACACUCUUGAGAGCGGGCUCCAACCCGAAUCUUUUGUGUGCCAACGGCGCAUCAGCCUUGGGGCGAUCUGUUGCCUACGGUGACUUCCGAGUUACUCGUUGUCUAUUGAGCAACGGCGCGAGCCCUACGACAUCCUUCGACAUUACUUUCGAAAUGGUUAAUGUCGAUGUGAAUAUCAUGCGCCAGUUAAUCGAGCUUGGAGCGGAUCCCUACGUAACAAGGCCAGGUACCGGAAGCACUCUCACGAAUGCGAUCUAUGAGAGUGCUGAGGGCAUGCCGCUUGUACUGAAUGGAAACUUUGACUUCCAUCGACUUGCAGAACAGGAACCGCUCUUACUCAGCGAGAUUCUUGCUAAUAGGAAAUUAUCGUCCAUGGAGCUCAAAGCGAUCAUGAAGCGCAUGCCACACGAGUAUCGUGCUCGCUUAGUGAACUUUGAACCGGAUGACAAAUACACUCCAUCAUUUUACAUUAUCCGCAAUGACAACCCGAAGCUUCUGCAGGUUUUACUUGAGAUGGGUCUGGACAUUGAACACGAGUGGCAUGGGAAGGGAACACCAUUGAUGUUUGCUGCCAGCAUUGGAGCCUUCAAAUGCUUCAAGCUCCUUAUCCGUCACGGCGCAAGGCUGACAUACCUCACAACCGGAAGAAGAGGUCAAGUCAUUGCGAGAUCCAUCACCGAAGCAGCAAAGCUCCAUCCCCGCUUACUUCAAUGGGCCUUGAUCGAUCGUCACUACGAAACAAAGUAUCUCACCCAAGCAGCACACAACGGACCUUUUAUCCCUACCAAACCCUGGUCUGGCGGACGAAGGGCUGGAUAUAGGCUUUCGGGCACUGGUGAUGAGAUCCCCCAGCUACCAACAGAGUCUAUGUUGGACUUGCUCCCCCGAAUUGCGAGGAUGAAGAGGGGUAUGAGAGGAAGAGUCUUAUUUCCUGUCGAACUUUGUGACCUUGCGCAGGGAUUUGAGCCGUGGUAG